CUAUCUUCCCCGGAAUUACUGCGAACCUCCUGGUUGUUACUACUAAACUACAAAGUCUAAGGUCCUAGGCCUUUAUGACUAUGACUGCCUCGAUGCUGCGCGAAUCUGCCCGACAAUCGACGACGUGACUGUUGCGAGAGCCGCAACUAACCCUACCUAUAGGCUUUACCUUGACUACUAUCGCUGCCACCACCACCACCACCACCACCGCAACAAUGCCUUCUUCCAACUCAAUGCCCCCAGGCACAGACACAGGCCGCCCGCCUGGGAACUUCACCGUCAUCCAGCCAGAACACUCCGUGGACCGCAGCCAGACCGCGUCGGUCGAGGACUACAGCCGCAUCAUGCUCGAGUACACCCAGCGCCGCAUGGCCGGGUUCGCAGACCCCGAAGACACAGGCUACGCAGCCAGCCGCAGCAGCAGAAGUAGUAACACCAGCGGCCAGAGCGGCAGGUCAACCAGCGGCAUCCUCGCCGGCCACGCGCCCGGUCCUUCGCCCCCGUCAAAGGCCCCCGACUCCAGCCCCGACAGCGCUGGCGCUCAGUCGGCGGUAUAGUCGCGGCGUUUAACUUCUAUCUUACGCCGUAAACGAUUCAUUGAUCUUUUUUUUUAUUUGAUAUAUGCCUUUGAGCGUUUCCCUUAGCGAUUAGCGACACCAACGUGGACAAUUCUACUUCACGCCUUG